AUGGAGCCGAAAACGAAGAAAAAGAAGCUUGAAAAUGAUUCAAAGACAACUGGCUGGUUCGAUAUACCAUUAGAAAUGAGAGAAAUUGUGAUGAAUUUGAUGGAUUUUCAAACAAUGCUCAACUUCUCCCAAUGUUCGAUCGAUUGCUUAGAAGAAGGAAAAUUAUCCAAAACAACUUUGAUCUCAUUUUCUGAAAAUGAAUAUGGAGAUCAUGGUGGAUGUAUCGAAGUUUGUGAUAAUUAUCGGGCAGAACUUGAUUUGAACCUUAAGAUUACACCUGAAAACCGCGGCUCACCAACAUAUAUUCGGAAACUCCAGAUAAUUAAGUUGGACAAUCAAUUGAAACACUCAUUUGCCGUUGAUUCGAAAAAAGAGAGAAGUGAUGUUUUAUUGCAAAAUUUUCGUGGAUUGCUAAAAACUUCGAGAAAUCGUUUGAAGUGUUUGGAUAUUAAUGUGGUAAGUAAGGGUUUCUGAUUGUGGGAUUGAAAUUUUUUGAAAUCUUCUCUUUUAGGAAGGCUUUCCCUACAAUCGAAUAAAAAUUGGAAAAUUGCCAAACCUCCAAGAAAUUCACCUAACUUCCUACUCUAUGAAUCAAUCCGUCGACCCGAUUCGCUGUGGAUUUAUUGAUUUUGAGCAAAUUUGCGCUGUCAGAAAUUGGGUGAAAGUCCCAAAAUUAUCGGUUGCGCAAAUAUUGAAAAUGAAAGCGAAACUUAUUGAGAUCGAGUGUAAAUGGGAGCGACAAGAUAUUGGAAAACUUAUCGAUCGAAUUCUUGAUGGUGAAAUUGAUGAAAAUGUGGAUCAGAUCAGAUUGACCACUAAAGUGUAUUUGAAAACUGUUCCCGGAAUUUUUGCACGUCGGCGUUGGUGGGUUUUUUUUAACUAAUUGAAAAAUUUUCGAAAAAAGAAUAUUGAGAGAGUCUAGACAGACAAAUUCGUUUUUUGGACAAAAAUACAAAAACUAACCACUUGAUUCUCUAGACUCUCUCAAUUUUCCGUGAUCUCUGAUCAUUUUUUCCGAUGUUUUUUGAAUUGAAAAAAUUAUUUUUUCAGGGGUUGGGGACAAGAAUGUUUUGCCGAACGAAAUGAUAAACAUAUUCGAAUCCACAUCGAAUCAGAUUCAGUUGUUAUCUCCACAAAAUGUAAACCUUAUCGAGUAACGCAAAUAUCGGAUUAUUUCGAAAGAAAUACAUGA